AUGGCUCGUGACGUGUCUAGACGACACAAGCAGCGUGAGGAGAUGGUUGCAUCUGCACUAUUAAACAAGACAGAAAGUUCAAGACAACGACCCCGUGAUAGCGACGUUGGAAUGCUACCGCGUCUUCUCGUGCGCAUUGGUGUGGCAGCUCUUAUUGUUGUUCUCGGGACGUUCGUGAUGGUCAUGCAGCAACCAGCAACGAUUCCGACACGUAGCCACACGUUGAAUCCUUCAGAGAAAGUACAAGCUGAAACAAGAGCUAGUCGUCGAGCUACUGUGUACCCAAUGGUUGAAGUAGUGGACAAGUAUCCGCACGACUCGACAGCAUUUACGCAAGGCUUUACGGUUAUCAAUCGAGACAAGAAGAAGAUCUUUAUUGAGUCGACGGGGCUCUAUGGAAAAUCGAGUUUACGUCAGGUUGACAUUGAAAGUGGAAACGUGAUAAGGCAAUAUGAUUUACCUAAAGAGCUCUUUGGAGAAGGCGUGACACUCGGACCAAAGGACGAGCUGAUCAUGCUUACGUGGAAGAGCAAGAUUGGUCUUGUGUUUGAUCUGAAGAAGGCUGUGGGUGGCAAAAUCGAUGACUUUACCGUGAAGCGUGACUUUAAGUUUGACACUGUCACGGGUGAAGGUUGGGGCGUCACUUAUGAUGGCAAAGACCUCAUUGUCUCGGACGGGUCAUCAACCAUUAUGUUCUGGGAUCCAUCAACGAUGAAGGAAACUCGACGUGUUGAUGUCACGAUCUAUGACGGCGAGCAAGAAAUCCCUUACAUCAAUGAACUCGAGGUCGCCAAGGGGUUCAUCUAUGCAAACGUGUGGUAUCAGCCUUACAUCCUGAAAAUUAACCCCACGACUGGUGCCGUCGUCACGAUGUUUGACAUGUCGAAACUCGUUGCAGACGUGGGUGUUGAUGUAACGUCCGGUGCUGUUCUGAACGGUAUCGCCUACGACGACAAAGACGAUGUCUUCUAUGUUACAGGUAAGCACUGGAAUUUCGUCUACAAAGUCCGUCUUGUCGAGUAA